GCUGAGUAAUGUUGCAAAUAAAUUUUCCCUUUUUUAUUUUAAGAUGAUGUUAGUGGAUAUGAAAAGUUUAAUAUAUAGGAUAAAUAACUCUGGAAUUUGAAGUUUUCUAUUUUUCUAAAGUUAAAGCAUGGACCAUGCCAGGGCAAGUUUCCCUGUACUACCACGCCAGUGUGCUUCCAUGCCUGCAGGGACAACAAGUGCUGGCCAGCUGGUAGUUUUGCCACUGUCUUCGUUCUUUAAGAAGUAACAUUGUCUACAAGAGCAGCAAAGAGUCCUGUGGCACCUUAUAGACUAACAGACGUAUUGGAGCAUGAGCUUUUGUGGGUGAAUACCCACUUCGUCAGAUGUAUGGAUGCUAAUAGUGAUAUGGACACCUCCCCACUAGAAACUGAACAGACCACGGAAGGAUUUCACGUUGACCACCAAACAGAAAUCUGAUAUGGCCAGCUCAUGACUGCUACUGACCUGUGCUGGAUUCAAACUAAAAAUAAAUAGCUUCUCUACUCCUUUUUCAGUUUGCUAAAAUCACCUCUCCAGUCCCUUUCUUUUUUUCUUUCAAUUCUUAGAGUGUUGAUGUAAGUGAAGUAUCAAUAACAAUGGCUUGGGCCAAAAGUGUAAUGUCUGAUGUUCCCUACAUUGCUCUGUGUCUGCACACUGGGCUUUCUGCUCUACAUGUCUCUUUUAUUUCUGGGUGUUCUCAUGAAUGGUUGGGAUUAAUUUCAUAGAGGUUUUUAGUGUAUUGUGAACCUUGAAAACAUAAGGGAUACUAUUUCUCUGGGGCCAGAGGCCUGUGGCUCGCUGGCUCAUUAGCCCCACCUGCUGCACCUGAGAAAGAGUUGGAACUUAAUUAACUGACUCUUGGAAAAAGAGGGCAGAAGGAAAUGGAGGAGGGGAUUGCAACAACCUCCAGAAAGCUGAGGUACCAAGGGCUAUUCCCUCAGUGGACUGCUAUGGGAGCUACUGCACAGAGGAAUUGCUCCAGGAACCACAUGGACAGACGGGAGAUACUGUGGGGUCCUUUUUUUGCUGAGCCUCCGAGGCUGUGGAAAUGGCAAAUACCUUCAUAUCAAUUCUCAAACCUAUAAGCUGGGCUGUGAUUACUGCUUCCCUUUGGUGGAGUCAGCACGAAAUGAUGGCCAUGAAGUAAUGGUGUGUCAUAGUCUGUGCCUGCCAUAUCGGAAUGAGUGUUUUGAUGCUGUCUUAUCCAUUGCUGUGAUCCACCAUUUUUCAACAAAGGAGCGGCGCGUGCGAGCAAUAAAGGAGAUGGCUCGCACCUUGAGAGUAGGUGGCCAGAUGAUGAUAUACGUGUGGGCAAUGGAGCAAAAACGGCGAAAAUUUGAAAAGCAGGAUGUCUUUGUUCCUUGGAAUCUUUCACCACCUUCCUGGACCUUGAGUAACACUUGUUCGCGUGGAAUACAGAACUCAAUUAAUCAAAAGGACAAAAGGCUGGCUUUGGACCAACACUCCGCUAAGUUAGCUGGCACUUUAAAAGCACACAGGCAAACAAGAAGCUCAUCCUUUGUGGGGAAGAAGGAAACCACACACACCUUAUUUGAAAAAUCCCUGAGAUGGUCUCUCUUUUCAAGAUCGCUUGAUUCAGUAUUAGACUUGAGUAAUCAGUGGCGCCAAAGAGAGCGUAGCACAUUUUCCAAUUGCAAUAUUCAGCUGGAUGAAUUAAACAAGGGAAAGCUUUUUGAACAAAUCAGGCAAGGUGGCUUUAUGAAGCAUAUUUCCAACUUGUCUUUGCGUUGCAGGCAGAAUUCUGAAGAUAAUGCUUCUGAAGUAGCUGUAGAACCAGGGUCACCUAUGAUAUGUCACCCAGUGCCUUUCAAAAAUUGUUAUUCAGAAUUAGGCCAGGACACUAAGCAGCCCCCAAUGUCUCCAGCUAUAAUUCAUGACUGCAGCAGAGUAUGUUUACCUGACCUGGUUUCCCAUCAAAAAGAUGUCAAACAGCAACUUAAAAUAGAUUAUCACCCAAAACAAUCAGCUUUCCGCCAACUCCAAAACAGAAGCAAAACAGACAGCUCUCUACAGGAUACAGAUAAUGAUUGUUCCAUGGCCAUGUGGAACAAACAGCCGCAAAGGAGUCCUAGUGGGGCUUGUCUUAGGUACUACCAUGUUUUUAAAGAAGGGGAGUUGGUUGAACUGAUAGAACGUCAUGUUCCUGAGCUACAUGUUAUUCAUUCAUACUUUGACCAUGCAAAUUGGUGUGUGAUUGCAGAAAAGGUUCACGUGUGGAAGAUCUAGGGGAAGAUUUUCAAAGGCACAAGUGCCUGGCUGCAUUUGAAAGUCAAUGGGAGUUCGGUGCUUGGUGCCUUUGAAAUCGUCCCCCAGGCUUUUUAUCCCCAUCUUGUGCUUUGACUCUCUGUGUGACUUUGUUUCUUUUGUUCUGUACUUGACUGUCACAGUCAUAUACCCUUUUAAAAUCAUUUUAUAGAAACAUUUCCUUCUAUAAUUGUAAUUUCUGGUUGGAUACAUUUUAAGAGCUUUUUCCAUGGUUUUUUAACAGUAGCUGUCAGUUUUGGUUUUUGUUGUUUUAGAAUAGUUAAAAUGCAUUUAUAAAUUUUCCUGUUGGGAUGUUUUUAUAUGGAUAUUAAAGAUGUUUGUUA